AUGGGCCGGGAUGUGCAGCAGUUGGGCGUCCAGCUGUCUGUUAUUGCUGUGGUGCUCUUUGGUGGAGGAAGAGGGAGAGAGUUCCCUGGCAGCCUCAGCUGUCUGAAUAACUACGUGAACACCGUGAGCUGCAGGUGGGCGGUGGAGGAGCCCGUGGGCGAGGGACCCUUCCAUCUGCAUUUCACAAACCUCUGGUCAAAGGGCCAAAAUGCCAGCUGCAAACUGACUGCCAGAGAGAGCAUGCAGAAUCAAUACCACUGCACAGUCCGCUUAGCCAGCCAGAUCUUGGAAACAGACGGUUACAGGGUCUCCCUCCAAGGCAACUUCUUUGGGAGCAAUCACACGUACAUUACCUUUCCAGAGUACAGCCCCCGCCAGCACAUAAAGCUUGAUCCACCUUCGAACCUCCAGGCCAACAUCACUGCCAGCAAGUGUCAGAUAUGGUGGAGCGUGCCAUGGUACCUCAGUGAAAUUCUUCAAUAUGAGUUGCAGUAUAAGGAGCACAGCACAUCCUGGGAGACUGCAUUGAACAAAACACCAACCAGUUCACUGCCACAGAUAGAAAUUGAAGCCACAGAGUUUCGCGGCGGUAUCACUUACAUUGCAAGAGUUCGUUGCAAAGUUUCUGAAAAUGAGGGUUCUUACCAUAGUCAGUGGAGUGAGUGGAGCCAGACAACACUGUUUCAAAGAGCAGGUAUUCCACAACUGUCUGAAAAGCUCUUUAAUACUAGAACUGUGCAGUUCUUGUCUAUUCCUCUGAGUUUUGUUACCGUGCUCUACGUAUUUUGGAACUGCAAGCUUUCCUCAAGGGCAAAAAGCCUCUCCUGCCUUAACAUUCCCACACCAGCUGCCUUCUUUCAGCCACUCUAUAAUUUGCACAAUGGGAAUUUUAAGGACUGGGUUGGACGUGAUGAGGCCUGUGGCCAACUCAGAGGAGAAGAGGCCAGCAACACAAACAAAGUGCCUGCUGAUGGGAUUUCUGGACUAAGCACCCAAGAUAUGAUUUCCCAGAUCUCCUUGAAAUCUAUGGAAAGCACAAAUCUGGUUGCUGCAGAAGAAAAUUUUGCAUUUACCUCUGCUCCCAGCCGGCAGUAUGUCCCCAGCAGGUAUGUGGGAGCAGAAGAGAUAGAAGUGAGGCUGGCGCUGUUGCUUGCACAAAACCAUGCUGAUGAUACAGUUGGUCUGAAAAUCUCUGAAAUAAUUAAAAGCAACCUUGAUAGCCCUAACAUGGAACAGAAUCAUUCCUCUCACUUGCAGCAUCUAGAGGGUGACUUCCUGAUGCUUCAGGAAUCUUUGGAGAUGGCAAAUGUGUCCUUCAGCAGUAGUGACUAUUGCACCUUGUGUGACAAUGGCACCACAGGAGCUUUGAUUCCUGCUGAACUACUGAAGCUCUCUGAAGGCAGUGGUCUGGUCAAACACCAGAAUGAAGAGAAUGAUAUUCCCUGAAGAAUGCUGCCUGCAAGGGUCUGUGCACUGUCCUCUCCCCUCUCCACACAUCUCCCCAAACAGCUUAAAUGGAGACUGCACAGACAGGCAAUUACAACAAAGUAUUAUUUUUAGUCAAAAAAAUCUUUUUUUAAAUUUUAACUUCAAAAUUAGGUUGUGACCAGCUGCUCUGGCCAGCAAAUACUACCCCUGCCAUUGCAAGGCCUGACCACAGUAACAUCUGCUGUCUCGGGGGAGAUGUGACCAUGCCCUUCCCUACACCAAGCACCUGGUCUAAGAAGGCAGCAGCAGACCUGUGCUGUCUUUCCCCUGGAAGAGCUACUACAAUUCCGUGCCUCUCCCGGCCCUGCCAGAUCAUGAUUUCCUCGUGAGACGGAGCAGCUCUGCACUGCUCUCAGCACACCGUUCUUCGCCUCACUGCAGACCUGCUUAACCCGACAGCUACUGUAUCCUGCUGGAAGGAGGAGCAGCAAUAUUCACAAUGUGCUGAACCGUGAUUUAAAAUCCAUCUUUAUUCUUAAAACUAUGUAUGAUUCUUGAUUAAAAAUGAUUUUUUUUUUUUUUUGCUAAAGGUGCAUUUUGCUUCUUAAUAUUACAUUGACUUAAAAUGGCUUCUGAUUUCCUCAGAAUUUAUAAUUACAACAUCUAAAGAUAUUCAGAUAGUGGGCUUUGUUCUUUACUCAUGUGAACAGAUGUAGCUUCUUGUUUGCAGUGAUGGAGCCCCGUCUGCUGCUUUGACUCCUAACAAAAACUUGUUCCAAGGUUAAUGUCAGGGCUGAUCUGAUAAAAGUGGAGAAAGGUGAAAAGCAAGAACAGGCCAGGCUCACUGCCCCUCCAAGGCUUUUCUUAUCUCUCCAGAACUGACCAGUGCUUUGUCCAUCUGCCCAACAGGAACAGCCAGUCCUGGCCAGAGCCUAACUGCCAG